UAGACGACAUCCGUUCAAUUUCUCGCGUUAAAUGACCAACUCCGGAGGAUUGAUUGCCCCUGAUCGAUUCAAAACCAUCGGGAAUUACCUUUAAUUGAAUAUCUGAGGGAUCCGUUGCACCAGUUUCUUCGAUGAGGCUCGCAUAUGCUGGAGAAUAUUUGCUUCGUUGGCAGUUCUCUUAGACUGAUUAGAGACAAAUUUGUUUUUCAAGGUUUAAAUGAUGAGUUCGCGUUGAAUUAUUGUGAUUAAACCGUUCAGUGAAUUUUCCAGACGAUUUUGCCUCUAUUUUUCUUUCAUUCGGCCGUUUAAUGACGUGAGUCGCCGGUUCCGGUUAUAUCAUAGCAGCAGGAAAUCAGAAGUGGAACAUUAACUGCUGGACUGAUAAACAUGGUUGACGUAACCACCCCCCUGCCAUCGACAAACGGUGGUUCCUUGAUGGGAAAGACCCGAGGAGCCCUGAAGUCGAUGCGCACCGCGCUCGGAGGUGGCGGUGAAUACCUCCAGGGCCUGGGGAACCGGAUCGGUUCAGCCAUCAGCAGCAGCUUCGAGGAGAGCGACAUCACCACCCCAUCCUCACCGCCCUCCCCCUCCCCAGGGAACGAUCUGGGGAAGGAUCAAGUCGAUGGUGUGGCUAGAAGGAAGCUUCGUCUGCCUCGCUUCAGUGGAUAUUCGUACGAAGACUACGAGGCAAUGGCCAGGCACAAGCUGCAGCGCCAAACGUGCCCCGAGUACUCCCGAAACAACCGCAAAUUCCCACCAGGAAUGACGUACGAGGAAAUAGCGUCUUCAAGAGCGCCAAUUGUUCACAAACCGGAAGUGAAGACUGACGAAGAGAUCAGUCCCGACAGAUCGAGCGUUGAGAGCAUCGAGCCGCUUCAGGAGGAAGAUAUCAAAGCAACUGGUCCCGAUCCCUUUGACAAACUCAAUUACAAAACCGCAAGGGCUCCAGAUCGCUAUGAGACGGUCGUUUUUUGUUUAGAUAUUCCGUGUAGUAGUGGAUCGACUAGUGAUCUGGAUGGAUAUGGACCUAGUACGAGUUUAGAUUCAAAUAUGGAUGGUCGUAGGAUGUGGGAGAGAUCAGGCUCCUCUGGAUCAGUGCAAUCAUGGGCAUCGAGCUUGUCGGCCGACAGUCAAUCAGAAGAGGCCGCCGCAGAUUUUAUGAAAACCUUUGUGCCACUUCUUUUUGACGCUCCCGAUACAAUCGAUCAGGAGCAAAAAGCAAACUUUGGCCAGAUGGUCCUCACAGAGUCCGGUAGAAUUUGGUUUGCAAGAGUGGUGAAUGCAAGAAGAGCACGCGCCUGUGUCACUGAGGCGUCCUUUUACUCUUUGGCUCAGCACUUUGCACUGGCGCUCUUCGAGUGCCACGAGGCUGAUGACUUUGCGCCGGCAAAGAGCCUCAUGAAUAUGUGUUUCACAUUUUAUCAUAAAGUGGAGGUGCCGGGGCUGGAGCCAUACAGGGAGUAUCUGUACACUCAUCUGAGAGUGCAACCGAUCUGGUCCUCCAUGAGGUUCUGGACAGCUGCAUUUUUCGAUGCUGUGCAGUGCGAGAGGGCCAUGCGCCCUGUGCCAUCGAGGUCCAAGGCCUUGGAUCAAGAGGCACUGGCUGCUGAGGAUCGCAAGUUCCAGGCGAAUAUUGUCUUUGGACAAUUGGGCACUUUCACGUGCAACAUGCACGCCUUCGGACUGGCGAGAAGUCUCUGCUUGGAAUUUCUUCGAAAACAAUGUGUAAUAGCUAAUUUAACCCCAGAUCAAGAAAAAAUGCUGCGUGACAAUAUAAUGCACAUGUUCGACGAAUCGGAGCCCUGGAGAUAGUGAGGUAUGCGCAAACAAUAAAUUAUCAUCAGGAUGAUUAUGAUACUCCGAAAAUCGCCUUCCAAACGGUAACGGAUCAGACUGAUUCCCAGUGAUGGUAGAGUUAACGAUAAUAAUGGCGAGUGGAGUGUUUUAUUGAUUAAAUAGCCUGAGAAUUAUCGAUCUAUGCCGUCAAUUUGGUUGAAACUGCAUUGGGUGAGCUUCGAUUACUUCCGGAAGUCUCGAGAGAAAAAUUCUAUUGAAGAAUGGCGAAUUAUUUGAAUACGCAAGUGAGACAUUGCGCAGCCGAAAUUAUUUUUCAAUAUUGUUUGUAAUGACUUUCUUCAAAUGAUUAAUCUUCCAUGGAAUCUUCCGCCUAAUGAAGUCAAAGUAUGGAGAGUAUUAUCGACAGCGAUUCCGGCAGUUAUGAAAAUAAGCCAUAAUGGGUCUCUUAUUAUAGCAAUUCAAAGAAAAGAAUUUCGUCCGAUCAUAUCACUACAGCUGCUAUGUAAAAUGUAAAAUUGACAAUAAUAAAUAUCUAUUUAAGUGAAA